UUAUAUCCCAUUUUUCAAAUAAAAAACGAAAAUCUAAAAAGAAAAAGAAAAAGAAACAAGAUAAUUAAAAGAAGAGAGGGAGAAAUGAAAUCGCGGGCUCCUCCUUGCCCGAGAAGCACAUUGAAGAAGAAAACCCCAUAGUUCAAGUAAACACUGUCGUAUCUUCCUUUCCACAACAACAAAAAAAAAUCCCAAAGAUUGGGGUUUUGAUUUGGAGCGAAGGCAAUGGCCGAAGUGGUGAAGAUGGCAAUCGACGGCGAAGAUGAGUCUAAACCGAACGGCCAAGAUCAACCAAAGAAGACCCUGAAGAGAAAGCGAGCAACAUUAACACCAAAACAGCAGCAACAACUUUUGAACAUAAGAGGUGAACAGAAAGGAGCCAAGAUUGAGGAAUUAAAGAGAGAAAUGAAAGGGCUAUUUAGGUAUUACAAAGAAACGACGAGUCAAAAAAAGGGUUUUGGGUUUGGUGUAGAUUUGAGUGGAAAUGAGUGUGGUAAUGUGAAUGUGAUGGUGGGUUUGUUAAUGGAAGAGACUGGCAUGUCGUUUACCAAAUUGGCGGGGGAAAUUUAUAAGAAGUUAGUGGAAAUGAGUGGGAAUUUGACUGUUGUAGUAGUGAAAAAUGCGGUGUUGUUUGUUGGUCAAAGAGUAAUAUACGGUGUGCCUAAUGUCGAUGCUGAUAUUUUAGAGGACGAGACUCGUUCUUCUUGGUGCUGAGAGACAAGAGACUUCAAGCUAAUGCCGAAAUCUGUCCAUGGAGCGUUGAAAAUUAGGCGCACGUGUCGGAAAAAGAUUCAUGACAGGAUUGCUGUUGUUUCUGAAAUGAUAACUGCAUUACAAAAGCAAGAGACUGAUCAAAAUUACGAGAGUGUUUUAAUAAAAUCAUCAGAGAAGCUUGGCAAAGUUUUAACAGAGGCAGACAUUCGAUUGUUAAUCGAUGGCUUGUUACAGAAGAAUGGAGCAGAGAUAGCUGACAAGGAAGCAAAACAAGAAGAGAAACUGCUCGUCAAGCAAUUGAAGAAAAAUAAACGAGAAGAGGAAAAGGAGAAAAAAAGGAUGGACCUUGAACUUUAAAAGGAAAAGAGACAAACUAUGUGUCCAAUCCUCUCCCUUUUUUCAUUAGUACGAAUUGCUGUCAUGUGCUUUAUCUGCCUAUGGAAAUGGGAACAAUUUUUCUUGGGUCAUAUUAUCCAUUUAAAAUGAAAUAUUUAUUCCAUUUUCUUUCAUACAGUUGUGCGUGAGAAUGUUUUGCUAAGUUUUGUAAUAUUUUUGCAGUUUGUUGUUAUAUUCAUAUUAUUCAUUUAAUUUAUUCCAGGAAAAAGAGCAAAAGCGAUUGCAAGAGGAGGCAGAAAAGGAUGAACGGCGUCGUGAAAGGGAAGAGUCUGAAAUUAAAAGACAGUUGAAAAGGCAGCAAGAGGAAGUGGAGAAGGCACAGCGGCGCAAAGAGAAGGAAGAAGCUGAGUUGAAAAGGCAAGUGGCUAUACAGAAGCAAGCUUCAAUGAUGGAACGCUUUCUAAAAAGAAUCAAAAGUAAUUCCCUAUGUCAGAAUGACCAGACUUCAACUAAAGCAACCGCUUUUGAUUCAUCAAGCAAAGAAAGUAAAAGGAUUGCUGAGGCAAUUACUCAACUGAUGGACUGUGCUCUUUCAUCAAAUGAUAACAUUACAGCUGACGACAUUCGCAAGUAGGUUAUGCACUCCCCAACCUGCCCUCCCAUAUUUUUGCUUACACUAACUUAAACUUCCUAAGUAGAUGAAUUUCUGAUGACUGGUUUUAAAAACGCUUUUAAAAUACAACUCCUGUGUUUUAGUUGUUCUUCCUCGAGUUUAGUCAACACUUGGGGCCUAUGUAUUUUGGCUUCUAAUCGAAAUGCUGACAGCUUUUGCAAAUAGAAUAGCUUGGUUUGGUAGAGGGAGAACAAGUCAAACUGUUUGAAAUUCCAAGAAAUUAUAGCAGAAAUUUUCACGUGCAAGAUUUAAAAUGGUAUCAAAUCUCUGCAAAGAAUGAAGAUGCUGAGAUCCAAUGCCUAGUUGUGACGGCUGGAAGUGGUUGAAAUAAUAGAUCAACCAAUGAUAUACUGGCAAUGGCAAUUGAGUUCGAGUAAGGAAUUAUGAUAUGCAACCUCCCUAGAAUGUUGAAUCAAGGGUCUCCGUUCUUGCUUUUAUAAGUGCAGGUUAAGAAAGAAGUUUUGGACGGGGUUGGCGUUAGAAUUUCACCAGAAAAGGCCAGGGGAUGAAAGACAUAUCUAUAUUUCUCUUGAGAGGUGUUUGCCUCCUGCUGGUAAAAGCUCGACUCCUAAUGGGUCCUCGCCUCCGUCGCUUAAACAUGGUUUAGUUGCUGAGGGGCCAGCAAAUCUGCACGGACAGCCAGCCAUAGCCUUCUUCUCUGGAUCAUCUUUGGCCUUUCAAUUUUUUCUCCUCUAAAUUUUCCCCACAUUUGGGCCACAUUCUGUGGCAUGUAAUUACAAAUCAUCUCGAGAAACUCAGCAUUAGUAAAGUUUUUGUUGUAAAUCAUACAGUUGAAUAUACGGUGAUUAAACUUUUGGCCUAA